AUGGAGUAUUUCUCUACUAUCGUUAAAGCGCUAGUCAUCCAUUUCAAGCCACAGUUCAAGCACAAAAGUAACGAUCACCCAGAAACUAAAGAGCAAGUCAACGGCAUAGUCCUCCACGGAAGGUGUCACCUGAACGCAUCAGCUAUCAUCAAGGGACUGGUGGGGCCUGUCUUCAAGAUCAUCCUUCUGAGGCGUAAAUCAGCGCUUGAAGACGUAGCGGUCAAACCACUGACUCCUGCGCAGUUCCCUGUAGCUUUAGAGGAAGAGACGUUUGGAGAACAAGUUAUUGUGGCAUAG